AUGUCUUACAGCCACAAGCCCAGCUCUAGCUCUCCAGAACCGCAUUCGUCAAACGUCGCUACCGGCAUGGCUCAGCUCAACGUCGCGGAUGACGAGCAGAACUCGUUCUACGGCACACCGCCACUGGAGUACGACGAACCCAUAUGCGUGCACUACGUCCCGCCCUCGGCGAUCUCGAACAAGUACUACACGCUCGAAGCGCCCCCAUCCAACGACCUUGCCGGACAGCCCCAUCCGAUCCCACCCAUUCCGACCACGGCCACUACCCACACUCCCAUUCUCCCACCAGCCCCCACGUCUCAACGCACCGCUCCUGUGUCGCUCGGAAGCCACGAUCUUCCGAAACACAGAAGAAACAAAGACGACCCCGGCGGCAGCUCUGGCCAAAUGGCGCAGCCUGCGGCGCUCGUCUCCGAGCAACCGCGCGCCGGACCGUCUUAUCGCGGAAGCCCCAUGCGCGAGUCUCGCCCGGGGGCGCACCUGCCCACCGACGACGGUGUGCACGCGGACUCGCGCUCCUCGACCCCGAACUCUAGCUACUACGUGCCCCUCGAGGCGGCCGCGUGGAGCGCCCCGCUCUCUGGGUUCUCCGAGCUCACCGCCGCGCUCCUCCCGCCCCCCGACUACAUCGUCCACCCCCCGACCGAACCACCGCACCUCUACAACGCCGGACCCCGCUUCGCCGCCGCGCCCGACGCCGCCGCCGCCACUCGCGUCGGGACGCGCGUCGCGCCCCACGAAAGGCCGAGGACGCCCAAGACACAACGGCGCCUCCUUCCGCACGAAGACGCGCCUUCGACGUCGAACUGGACGUCAGCAGCUGGUGGUGGACCCAAGCCGGAGCCGAACGAGGACACGCCCCGCGCGCGGUUCGUCUACUCACCGACGACCGCGCGGCGCAUCAACGUCUCCGUUGGCAGCGCCGGCCUCCUGCAACUGGCUAGUAGCUCGGAGCAGCGCGAGCCCGUGGAGGCGAAGACGCGCCACAAGCGCCUGUCGAGCACGAGCAAGGCGUGCGUCUUCUGUCGGAAGCGCAAGAUCGCGUGUGGGGGCCCGUUGGCGGGGGACGAGUCGCGGCGGUGCGGAUCGUGGCACGGGGGCGCGGGCGCUGCCGCGGCGUCCACACUUCAGCGCCCAGCCACGGCUAGAGAGGGCACUCUAGGACCGGGACAGCGGCCUGGCGCAUCAUCACUUGCGCGCGUCCAGGGGGUGCGAUGUCUCCAGAAGUCUAUCAGGCGAUCGUGA